AUGCAACUUAAACCUGAAUAUCUUCAAACUCCAAGAUAUAAAGCCCUUAUUGCUCAUUGGAUUGAUGGUGGUGAUAAUACUUCUCUUCCAUCAUACCCUGGUGAGCUUCAAUAUGAAUUCAAACUUUUGGUCCGUGGAUCCCGUGAUGGUUUCUCUGCGGCUACAUUCCAUGAUAGAUGUGAUAAUCAAGGACCAACAGUUACUCUUUUAAAAGUUAAUAAUUCAAAACAUGUAAUUGGCGGAUACAAUCCACUUUCUUGGGGCUCUACAAAUUCAUGGCGUUAUACACGUGACAGUUUUAUAUUUCAAUUCAAUAUUGAUUACAAGAAAAAAAUGGUUGCUAAACUUGGUAGAGUAAUUCCAGCAUGCUCGCAAUACGCCAUUAGUGAUUCACAAUAUAAUGGACCAUGUUUUGGAGAUGGUGAUUUAUGGAUAACUGAUGAUUUUAAUUUAACAGGAAGUUGUAGUUGUAAUAAGGAAAGUUACGAACAAAGUGUUGGUGAUAUGUUUCACAGAGAAAGUUGGGAUAGCUGGAAUGGAAAAAAUGGAACUUUUGCAGUUGAGGAUUACGAAGUUUUUCAAGUUAUAAAAUUAAGGCUGAGCGAUCAAUAA